GUGAGUGUCGCGACUGAUAUGUUAGACUGUCGUUCCUAAUUGUGCGUGUUUAUUAUGUAAAGAAACUGAACGCAAAUAAAAAAAAGUUUCAGCGUGCAAAAUUUUCAAAUUUAAGUACAAGUUACGUCGGAAUGCCUAAAGUGCGGAGGAGCAAGAAAGCUCCACCUGAAGGAUGGGAAUUGAUAGAGCCCACUUUGGAAGAACUAGAGCAGAAGAUGAGAGAAGCUGAAACGGAACCUCAUGAAGGAAAGCGAAAAGUGGAAGCUCUGUGGCCCAUAUUUAAAAUUCAUCAUCAGAAAUCGAGAUAUAUAUAUGACCUGUUUUAUCGCAGGAAAGCUAUCAGCAGAGAGCUGUAUGAGUACUGCCUCAAUGAAAACAUUGCAGAUAAAAAUCUGAUAGCAAAAUGGAAGAAACAAGGAUAUGAAAAUCUGUGCUGCUUGCGGUGUAUACAGACAAGAGAUACUAACUUUGCAACAAACUGUAUAUGCAGGGUACCAAAGGGCAAACUUGAAGAGGGUCGCAUUGUGGAAUGUAUUCACUGUGGCUGCAGAGGGUGUUCGGGAUAAAUUCACACUUCGAUGAACUGGAGUGUAUGAAGUCAGUGACAGUACUCGACAGACUGAUUGCCAGCAAUAGAACGAAUUUUCACAAAGACUUGAUUUUUAUUGUAGUUUUUUCAUGUACAUUAUUACCUUUUGUUAAUAAAGUUAUCUGUUUAAACA